AUGGAGACCAUCUAUAAUGGCCUCAAUGCAGCUUCUAGAAUGGUGUUAGAUGCCUCGGCCAAUGGUGCUAUUUUGUCCAAGUCUUAUAAUGAAGCAUUCGAAAUUUUGGAGAGAAUUGCAAGCAACAAUUAUCAAUGGUCCAACACGAGAGCUCCGACAAGUAGGAAAGUGGCAGGGGUUCUUGAAGUAGAUGCCUUAACGGCUUUGACAGCUCAAAUGGCAUCAAUGACCAAUACUUUGAAAAAUAUGAGUUUGGGAGGCAACAUUCAGCCAGCUGCCGCUAUUCAAAGUGGAGACAUUUCCUGUGUGUAUUGUGGAGAUGGGCAUAUGUUUGAAAACUGCCCUUCCAACCCAGCUGCAGUUUGUUAUGUGGGUAACCAGAAUUACAACUGCAACAAUAGCCCAUACUCAAAUUUGUAUAAUCCAGCUUGGAGGCAGCAUCUGAAUCUGUCUUGGGGGGGUCAAGGAGCAAGUUCCAGCGGAGCGUCUACACAAGGGAAGCAAGCAUAUCCGCCAGGUUUUUCUCAGCAGCCACGGGCUCAACAACUGCAACACCCUCAAGGCUCUCAAUCCAGCUCUUUGGAGAGUCUAAUGAGGGACUAUAUGGCAAAGAAUGAUGCAGUUAUUCAAAGUCAGGCAGCAUCCCUUCGUAAUCUAGAAAUGCAGUUGGGGCAAUUAGCCAAUGAUCUGAAGAAUAGGCCCCAAGGUUCCUUGCCUAGUGACACAGAGAAUCCGAGGAGAGAUGGUAAGGAAUAUUGUAAGGCAAUUAAUUUACGAAGUGGAAAAAUUCUAGAACAUGAUGAGGAGAAAACAAAGGGCAGUAGGGAGCCCACUUCAAUCCAAACAGAGGGAGAAUCUAGUCAAAAAUCAGCAAGUGAAGCUAUUGAAACUGGCCCAGUUGAUACAGCAUCGGGUCAGCAAUCUGUUCCAGUAAAGACUUUGCACAAGUCGCCCCCACCAUUUCCUCAGCGUUUUAGAAAACAGCACCAAGAUGGGUAG